CUGCCUCGCCCUGCCAUCACAGAGCUGCAGCAGAGUGCACAGCUGUGGACGGCGGGUCUGCAGCGAGUCCUGCAUCUGUCUCAGAGCCCGCAUAACUUCCCUCACCGUGAAUCCUGUGAUGACCCAAAGCGCCGGGAUCUGUGCCACGCUCGUUCAUCUGCCGAAUCUGUCUGGUGCUGAUGGUGAACUAGUGAUUCCUGAGGUCCUGAUAGAAGACUGGAUGCGGUUGUAACUAUGGUAACAUCAGGGUGGGGGGUAUGGGCCCUCUCCCCCUGUGGCCUUGUGCUGGUCAUCUCUUUAUCCAUGUGUCUGUCAGAGGAGCCUCACAUCAAGCCUGCAGACUGCAGCAGAAAGGAACAUCCUGUUGUUUCCUACCAAGCAUUGAGGUCUUGGGUGUCUGAGUUCUCACAUCCAGGUGCAAAGGACUUCUCCCAACUUGCUUUGGACCUGAGACGAAACCAGCUUGUUGUAGGAGCAAGAAAUUUCCUCUUCAGACUGAGUUUGAAUAAUACCUCCCUCAUACAGGCAACAGAUUGGGCAUCCGAUGAAGACACAAAGCGCUCAUGUCAGAGCAAAGGCAAAUCGGAGGGUGAAUGCCAAAACUAUGUACGGGUUUUGCUGAUAAGCGGAAGGACGCUCUUCACAUGUGGGACCAAUGCUUUUACCCCUAUCUGCAUAACCAGGCAGAUUUCUAACCUCAGUCAGGUGUUAGACACUGUGAAUGGUGUUGCCCGAUGUCCCUACGACCCGCGUCACAACUCCACUGCCAUGAUCACAGAAAAGGGCGAGCUGUAUGCUGCCACAGUGAUUGAUUUCUCUGGACGUGACCCAGUGAUCUACAGGAGCCUGGGCAACAUGCCGCCCCUGCGCACCGCCCAGUACAACUCUAAAUGGCUCAACGAGCCUCAUUUUGUGUCCGUUUAUGAAAUUGGUCGUUUUGCCUACUUCUUCCUGAGGGAAACUGCGGUGGAAAAUGACUGUGGGAAAAUGGUGUUCUCUCGAGUGGCUCGGGUCUGUAAGAAUGAUAUGGGUGGACGCUUUCUACUGGAGGACACCUGGACCACCUUCAUGAAGGCUCGCCUCAACUGCUCACGCUCAGGAGAAAUCCCCUUUUACUACAACGAGCUCCAGAGCACCUUCUACUUACCUGAGCAAGAUCUGAUUUAUGGCAUUUUUACCACUAAUGUAAACAGCAUAUCAGCUUCUGCUGUCUGUGCUUUUAAUCUGAGUGCCAUCACCCAAGCCUUCAAUGGACCAUUUCGAUACCAGGAGAACCCGCGCACUGCUUGGCUGUCCACUCCAAACCCUAUACCCAACUUUCAGUGUGGCACAUUAGAGGAGGGCGCCAAUGGGGGAAACCUGACAGAGCGCAGCCUCCAGGACGCCCAGCGGCUCUUCCUCAUGAACGACGUGGUCCAGCCAGUCACCGUCAACCCCCUGCUCACCCAGGACAACCUGCGUUUCUCUAAGCUGGUGGUGGAUAUCGUGCAGGGCCGACACUCUCUCUACCACGUCAUGUACAUCGGCACGGAAUAUGGCACCAUUCUGAAGGCUCUCUCCACAACCAAUAAAAGCCUGCAUGACUGCUACCUGGAGGAGCUCAGGAUCCUGCCCGAAGGGAAAGUGGGGCCAAUAAAGAGUCUGCAAAUCCUCCACAAUGACAGAUCAUUGUUUGUGGGCCUCGAUGACAGAUUGGUGAAGAUCCCAUUAGAGCGCUGCUCCAGCUACCCGACUGAACGCUCCUGCAUGGAGGCCCGGGACCCUUACUGUGGCUGGGAUCAUAAACAGAAGCGGUGCACCACCAUCGAGGAGAGCUCCAACAUGAACCAGUGGACGCAGAACAUCACUGAAUGCCCCGUGAGGAACCUGACUCAGGAUGGUGGUUUUGGUCCUUGGAAGCCUUGGCAGCCUUGUAACCACGAUGAUGGCGAUGGCUCCAUCAGCAGCUGUUUGUGUCGGUCGCGCUUUUGCGACGGACCGGUGGCCAGAUGUGGAGGGAUCGAAUGCAAGGGCCCGACGAUCCAGGUGGCAAACUGCUCCAGGAAUGGCGGCUGGACUCCCUGGUCAUCGUGGGGCCAGUGUAGCAGCAGCUGUGGCAUUGGGUUUGAGGUGAGGCAGCGCUCCUGCAAUAACCCCGCACCUCGCCACGGCGGUAGAGUCUGUGUUGGCCAGGGACGGGAGGAAAGGCUGUGCAAUGAGAAAAAGCCAUGCCCACUUCCCAUAGUGUGGACUGCGUGGGGACCCUGGGCUCACUGCAGUGCUGACUGUGGUGGGGGGGUCCACUCCAGGACCAGAACCUGUGAGAACGGAAACAGCUGUCCUGGAUGUGCUACGGAGUACAAAGCCUGUAACCUGGAGGCUUGCCCUGAAGUUCGUCGUAACACCCCCUGGACCCAGUGGAUGCCCGUCAAUGUAAGCCAAGACGGGUCACGGCAGGAGCAGAGAUUCAGGUACACCUGCCGGGCACUUCUGCCGGACCCCCAGCAGCUCCAGCUGGGCAGGAAGAAGGUGGAGACCCGUUUCUGCCCCAACGACGGAUCUGGAGCUUGCCAGACUGACUCUUUGGUUGAAGACCUAAUGAAGACAAGUGUCCGAACUUCAUCCCAGCCACAAGGUGCCCGAUGGGGAUCCUGGGAAACGUGGUCCAGCUGUUCCCAGCAGUGCUCCAGAGGCUUCCGAACUCGGAAACGCAGCUGCUUGACGAUAGAGGGGAGGAUCAACCCCAGCGCCUGUGUGGGAUCGCCGGUGGAGUAUCAGGACUGCAACACUCAACCGUGUCCAGUGAAUGGAGCCUGGUCUUGCUGGUCUGCCUGGUCCCAGUGCACGUCCAGCUGUGGAGGCGGGCACUACCAGAGGACUCGGACAUGCAGCAGCCCACCCCCUGCCAACGGAGGAGAUAUCUGCAUAGGCCUGCAUACUGAAGAGGCCCUUUGUAAUAUACACGCCUGUGAGGUUUGGGGUGAAUGGACAGAGUGGGGGGACUGUGACGAUGAGGGCCUGCAGCAUCGCACCCGCCGCUGCGAUGAGAACCAAGAGGCUGAGGUCAGUCUCUGCCAGGGCAACGUCACCCAAUCUAGGCCGUGCCAGCCUCACGAGGUGCCGGUCAUUUUGCCCGGUCAGGAGGACCAGAGCUGUGGAACCUUUACCUUGUUCCAGCUGGCAGCUGUGGGCUUAGCCAGUUUCUUUGCAGCAGCCCUCCUGUCAGCUCUGGUCUUCACAUACUGUCACCACCUGAACCGACCAUCGGCAGAGUCAGCGGUUAUCCACCCGAGCACACCCAACCACCUCACCUACAACAAGCAGGGCAACGCCACGCCAAAGAAUGAGAAGUACAUCCCCAUGGAGUUCAAGAUGCUGAACAAGAACAACAUUCAUGUGAACGAUGAGACGUGCAACCAUUUCCCCUCCCCGGUGCCCUCAGGUAAUAUGUUUGCCACCACCUACUACCCUUCCAGUUUGAGCAAGUACGACUUCCAUCCAGACUCGCCCUGCAGGACCUACAUGCACAGCUGAGAGGAGGCCGGGCUUCAGCCAACAAACUCAUCCACCAUGAUGUGCUUGUCAUUCAAAAAUCAGAGCAAAGUCUUAAAUAGUCUUAAGGUAAACACCAAAAUGAUUUCUAUUAGAUUUAUUCAUGAAAUACCCAAAUCUUUGGCCAUGCAAGUCAUUUUGGUUUUGGACUAUUUCGUUGCUUUAUCAUUAUUAUUAUUAUCAUUAUUGACCAUAGCACUGAGAUUAUAAAGAUUUCGAGUAUAAAUCACUCAGAUGUAAAAUUCCUGUUAAAAAUCUGACCCGUCUGCGCAUCAUCUCCCUGCACGAUUUGUCAUUUUACCCUAACAAGAAUAAAUGUCUGUCAGCCCAAAAACCCCGCAGUCAGUCAAUGUGGACUGUGUGGUGCUGUAACUAGGGAAGAUUUAAUUUAUUAAUCCCAGAUUUGGGGACUAAUAAUCUUCAAAAUAAGGUCAAUUGUGUAAAUAUAAAGGAAGAACCGAAACAAAGGUGAUCCCAAAUCACAGUUCACAUAUAAAGAAGCUACUGAGAGCACAUCUUGAGUGUCUUUUUAGUUUUCCGCAUCUAUAGGAAGUUCUUUAAAUUCUUAUAUUUUGAUGGUACUUUGACGGUAUCCCACAAAAGCCGGCAGCCUUUUCAUUUCCUCCCUUUCUUCACUAUGUAGCUGUCUGUUUUGUUAGAGCCAGAAUGAGAGGUGACUGGUUUACUGAUUGCAGAGACUAUGAGCCAGUCACCAAGAACGAGCUGUGGGUGGUCCGAUCGAUCCGGCCCUUGUUUCAGAUGUUGUGCGUGCAUCUGUUCGUGAGCCACAGUGCAUCAACUUUUACCUCCCAGAGGAGGACUUGUUUUUUUUUUUUAUUAAGGCUCGUUUGUUCUCUGAUGAAACCACCAAUUACAGGGAUCCCCCCUGUCUACUUACUUCACCCUCCCUGAAGUGCCCUGGUCGUGCUCAGGGUGCCAGAAAGCAGAACCCAAACCUCCAGGGCUUGAACUCCACUGACAUUGUGUGUAACUGGAUCCACUGGACUUUUACGCUGGUUAUGAGGCCUUUAUGCAAUUUUGGCCAGCACCUUCUCUAGACGGCUUGGGCACUAAGUUUGUAAAGACUGAUUUCCAUGAUAAAAAAACAGAUCCAUGAAAUGAUGGGUAUUAAGGAACAUCUCCACUCUGAAUAAAGCUAAGAAAUUAACAGACUUGCAGCUUAUUUGCUUUAAUUUUCAUAGUUAGCUGGCAAAACGAUGGACAGGAAUCCUGAAGAGGACAUUUUUGACACGCUUGACUUCGUACUGUACAUUGGUAAAAAAAGAAAAUGCAUGUUUGCCAACUUUUCUAUCAGCAGAAUGAACAAAUUAUUUUAGGGGUGUUCACAGAUGUCACUGUUUGUACUGGUGUCUCUGUCUGCUGAUUCAGCUAUGGAAAAAUAUGGGGGCGUACCGCCCCGAUUUUACAAGGCUACUGUUCAAAAAUCACCAAAAACAAUACAGCUGUUCAUGUAUAUUUCACAGAAUGUGAAUAAUUCAUUAGUCAGUGUUAGACUUUUCAAAUGAAUAUUAAUUUCAUGCAACAAAAUGUAACUUUUUUGUGAUUAACUUGCUUAUGGUGGCUACAAUUUUUGUUUUUAUUUAAUAGCAUAUACUGAAGUGACUGGGAAACAACUGCUGCCCCCAAAAAUACAAAAAUGUUUUGGUUUAUGUUUUGGUUCUGCACAAAUUUAAAAUGUAAAACUUUAAGAUGAUAAAAUUUGCUUAAACGUUGGUGUUUUCCAUUGAGGAAGACAACAUAGAAAAUAACUGGUUUCUCCCUGCACGUCUCUUAAUUCAAACCAUAUUGAUCAAAUUUUGAGGCUGCUGAAGUUCAAACUGAGCAACAGAAUGAGGAAGAACGAUGAAGGCAACAGUAACUCAAACCAAGUAUGCAGACGAGCAUAGGCUACAGCAGCAGAAGACCACUGGAUGCCAGUCCUGUCAGCUAAGAACAGAAAACUGAGGCUACAAUUAACACAAGCUCACCAAAAUUGGGGCAAAAGAUGGGAAAAAUGUUGCCUGAUCUGACGAAUCUCAAUUUGUAUUGUAACAUUCAGAUGGCAGGGUCAGAAUUUACCUUUAAUCAAACCUCAGCAGGUAGCUGAAUUGUGUGGGGAACAUUUUUUGUGACACUUUGGACCCCUUAAUACAGUCUUUUGCUUAAACUCCAUAGCCUGAGUAAUGUUGCUGACCGUGUUCAUCCCUUCAUCGCUAAACUGUACCCAUCAAUCUCUGAAGAAUGCUUCCAGCUCCUUUGUGAGUCUAUGCCACAAGGAAUUAAGACAGUUAUGAAGGCAAUAGGGAGUCAAACUUAUUGCUAGUAAGGUGUAUCUAAUGAAGUGGCCGGUGAGUGUAACUUACGUUGUCUAGCCACAUUUUGUCUCGUGAUGGCGUGUCUCAUUACUUGGACAACAUUGCAGGCACUUGUAUAAAUGUGUUUUUCAGCUAUUUGUUGCUUAUCUCUUUAAAUGGUGGGUAAUUUUUCUUACAAUGUGCCAUUUUUUUUACAUAAUAUAAAAUAUAACGUAAUACAUUUCCUGGGGAAAUUAUUAGGUAAAUAAACAGGGGCAUCUUUGGCACGGUUGCUCGGUUAAUUUUCCACUGUUAUCGGAAAGGAACAUGGAAACAAAAUCGUUGCUUUUAGCUGAAAAAGCUGUUAACAUAACUGGAUUGGAGGUGCACUGGUUGAUCACUGGCUCUGGUUUCCUGAUGAUUUGUGCCAGAUUCUGCUUUGAUUUGCCGAAAACAUUUCAAUUAAAGCCCAACCUCAAACUGCACUGCUGAAAAUUUCCCACAUAAAAGUCACUAUGAGAGGAAAUUGAAAAAUGUGUUGGCUUCUAGUAAUACCAAAAACACUUUGCACCCUUAACCUCUAAAUCAUAACAAAUUUGAACUGAAUUGUAUAUUUUUAUUUUAAAACAAAUAAACUUUACAAUAAAGUAAAGUGAUUUUUUUUGGUGUUAAAUCCAAGCACUGUGUUGUUAAUGAUAAAACGUAUAUUGCAUAUUUUGUGUCUCUAAUUUGUAAAUACCAAGAAGUGAAUGCACCGGUUUCUCAGCAUUUUUACACAGCAUGAAACAAAAAGCCCCGAUAGUACAAUAUGUGUGUUUAUAUACAAGUAACUGCAUGUACUGACAUUCUUUCAUGAAUAUACAGUCCAUGUUUGUGUAAAGUGUACAAAUGUUUGAAUGUAUUUAACCAAGAAAAUGGAAAUGUCUUUUUAAAAACGGUGUUCCUACCCUGUAUGCGGCAGAGAAAGUGAAGUUUUGUAUUUAAAGGCCGCUUUGGUGUCAAAUCUGAUUCACACUGGACACAAUUUAUCCUCAUAUUUUAAGAAAAGUCCCCGAAAUUGAUUUGUUUUGCUCCCAAAAACGCUUGUGUUAAAUAUGAUUGAUGUGACUUAACACUGCCUUUUGGACACUGUGAACUUUUGCUACUCUAUAUUUUUCUAUAAUGUACACUGAAAAAAACAAUGAAGAUGAAAAAAAUACAUUUUGGUGCCAAUA